AUGGCAGAAGGAGACACCUUGGUAUCAGUGGAUUACAAAAUUUUGAAGAAGGGGCAAGUGGUGGUUUUCCACAAGUACACUCAGGCUGAGGGUAAAAAGCUAGAAUUGGCAGGCUGGGUCCAGAACACUGACUGGAGCACAGUGCAAGGACAAUUGCAAGUUCCUAUCUUUAAGGUGCGUCACAUGCAGGAAUGGCUUGAGACAACAGGAAGUCCCAAAUCACACAUUGACAAAGCAAAUUUCAACCAUGAGAAAAUCAUCUUGAAAUUGGAUUACUCUGAUUUAGAAAUUGUGAAAUAA